AUUCUAAUGGCUCGUUCGCAAAAAUCAAGUGCUUUGCUUGUACUAGUGUUUGUAUUUGUUACAUUGACACUUGUAACAACCUCGCAUGCUCGUCUUACUCGUACUAAACUAUAUUCUUCGAUGCGUAAAAAGAUCGAUGUCCGAGUUAUUUUACGUGAACUUGGAUAUGAUGAUUCGAGACUCGAGUACUAUAACCAUCGGAGAUGGCUGCAAGGGGCGGAACCUGAUAGAGUCUCACCUGGAGGACCAGAUCCACAACAUCAUUAGCUACCUUACUAGCAUUACUAAUUAAGUUUUGUUGCUAAUGAUGUGUUUUCAGUUUUUGUUUUUAUUUUGAGAAAAUUACCAGGUCCAAAAUUACUAUGUUUUUCUAAAUUUUAAAAAUUUAAUAUUAUUUUUUCUGACUUUUAGGAAUUAGAUAAGUGAAAUGUCCCUUAUAAGGAAUUUUGAGUCAAAUACUACAAAAUAUCAGAAAAAAUAAUAUUUUAUUUUUAAUUUUUUAGAAAAAUAGUUAUUGUAAUUUAAGAGAGAUAAUAAUAAUUUGCUCAUUGUUUUUUAAAUAGGGACAUAUAUAGGUGCAGAUGCUUUAGUGUUUGCUUCAGCCUAGCAUACAUGAGCUAAUAUUUUGAAGAAUAAGUGCAAUUUUAUUACUCCAAAACAUAUUUUUUCCCUUAUGGAUUUUAGAUCUCAUCCAUCUAUUGAAGAAGCUAAAGUAGUGAGUAACUUUCUGUAAGAUGAAUGUCAAGUUUGGCUUCAUUAAUUUCCCGAUUAAUUGAUUUAGUACCAAAAAUAUCCGUUAUCAAUUUGAUGAUCAAACUUUGAUCGGUUUCAAUUUGAUUAUUAGAUUUUAAUUUUAUUUCAACAUGAGAUUUUCGGGCCAAAAACACAUAUGUGGCCGCCGGAUUUUUUUUUAUUUCGCUAAAAUAAUUUCAUGUGUAUAAUUCUGUCUAAAAACUCGUAAAAAAUAAAAUUACCCAUAUGUGACAAGUUCUUAAAAAAAAGACAUGA